GAGAGAGAGUGAGAGAGACAGGGUGAGAGAGACAGGGUGAGAGAGAGAGGGUGAGAGAGUGAGAGAGACAGGGUGAGAGAGUGAGAGAGACAGGGUGAGAGAGACACACACACAGUGGAAUAGAACGAUUUGGAUCCAACAGCACAGCUCAAAAUGUUGACCACCAGGGACCGUUGGCGAGUGUACAAGACGGGGUGCCUGAUGUUCUUCUUGGCCGUGGUGAUGCUGACUGUAUUUCAGAGCGGCACGCUCAGCUCUGAAGAUCAGCUCCAGAUCGAGCGGCAGCUGCGGAUGGAGACUCCAGGGGAGGAAGCCCUGCAAAAGAUGGCAUUUUACCGACAUCCAAAGAGUUUCUGGAAUAAACAGCAACGAAGAGUGCAGGCCAGCACCGAGGAACCACAGGUCAUGCUGAACAGAGGAGCUAAAACCUGGGACAUCACCAGCUCCAACUGCAGCGCCAACCUGAAUUUCACUUCUACAGACUGGUUUGCUGGUUUGGAGGCUAAUUUCCAGCAGUUCCUGCUCUACAGGCACUGCCGAUACUUCCCAAUGCUACUCAACCACCCAGAGAAGUGCUCAGGCGACGUCCACCUGCUAAUGGUCAUCAAAUCUGUCAUCUCUCAGCACGACCGCCGGGAGGUCAUCAGGCAAACAUGGGGCAAGGAGCGGGUGAUAAACGGCAAGAAGAUCAAGACCCUCUUCCUUCUGGGCACCUCGUCUGUAGAAGCGGAGCGGGCCAACCACCAGAAGCUUCUGGAGUUUGAGGAUUACAUCUACGGGGACAUCCUGCAGUGGGACUUCAUGGAUAGUUUCUUCAACCUAACCCUGAAGGAGACCCACUUUCUGAAAUGGUUCUCCACGUACUGCGGGAAUGUCCGAUACAUCUUCAAAGGGGACGAUGACGUGUUUGUCAGCGUGCAGAACAUCCUGGAAUACCUGGACAGCAGCGCAAAUGUGAGACACCUGUUUGCUGGAGAUGUCCUCUUUAAGGCCAGGCCCAUCCGGAAAAAGGAGAACAAGUACUACAUUCCACAAGCCCUGUAUAACAAGACCUACUACCCUCCCUAUGCAGGAGGGGGCGGAUUUUUGAUGGACGGACUGAUAGCCCGGAAGCUCUACUUGGUCGCCGAGACUCUGGAGUUGUAUCCCAUCGAUGAUGUUUUCCUCGGAAUGUGCUUGGAGGUUCUUCAGGUGACGCCCAUAAAACAUAACGCGUUUAAGACUUUUGGGCUGGUGAAGAAUAAAACCAGCAAGUUGAACAAGGAGCCCUGCUUCUUCAAGAGCAUGAUAGUGGUACAUAAACUUCUCCCUCGGGACCUCUUGGCCAUGUGGAGACUGGUCAGCAGUGACCUGGUUUGUGCCCAGAAAGUGGAAUCUUUAUAGCGACAGACUGGAUGGGUAAAGAGGGACUUUGGAGAACUUCUGAACAUUGAGCCUCGCUCAAAUAAACGUACUCCUGUUUUGAGGAGAUUUUAAAUUAUGUACUGUAGCAAACGGGAACAAAUGCUGUGUGUCGGGGGCCAAAUGUGUGGAAAUGCGAAAGCUAUUUAUGGGAAGGUCGUAGAGAGGGACAUUUUGCUGCUAAUAGUGGUUUCACUGAGUACUGAUUGUUGAAUGUACUAGGGCUGACCUGAUCAUUUGAAUACCAUAGUGUUUGUUUAGCCUAAACUACAACUUGUUUCAUCAGGCCUUAAAAAAAAGAAAUGUACGGAAAAUAUUUAAAAUAAGCAUGGAUAAGCAAUAUUGCAUGGAAACACUAUUCAGCGCAGAGUUUAUGACGAAUCAUGGGGUGUUCACUCUAUAUAGCUGGGCUACAGAGCUACUUUAUCUUCUCAGUGCUGCUUUUCAUAUAAACAAAACCCUAGCAAAACCUUAGCAACCACCUGGGAUAUCGUAACGGCCUAGCAACACCCUAGCAAUUGCCUGGGACACCAUAGCAACAAUCUAGCAAUGCUUUAGCAACCACCUCACAACACCCUAGCAACCACUUGGCAUACCACAGCAACAAUGUAGCAACACCCUAUCAACAAACUAGCAGCAAUCUAGCAACCACCUAGGAUAUUAUAGCAACUCUCUAGCGACACCUUAGCAACCACCUGGGAUACCAGAGCAACUUUCUGGCAACACCCUAGCAACCACAUGGGAUACCAUAGCAACAACCUAGCAACACCCUAGCCACCACCUGGGAUAUGGAGGCAACACCCUAGCAAUCGCCUAGCAACAGUGUAGCAACCCUCUGGUAUACCCUAGCAACCACUUAUUAACACCCCCCGGGAAACUGCUUAAGCUGCACGGUCACUCUGCAUUUUUUUCAGGACGUGCACUUUUCUACCAACAAAUAUUCAAAGCCUGUAAGCUCCUGUUCAGGUCAGCCCUAGAAUGUACAUAAAAAAGAGAACAUGUUCAUAAAUCAUCUCAAAACAUGAGAAAACAAAGCGUCUCUACCUCACUAAUUUAGUCCGGAAGCCUGAGUCGGUGAACAUUCCCAGCCUUGUUUACUGGAGUGUGUUCUGUGACGUCCACUGCCUGUCGCUGUCUGUUGGGUAAUACUAAUGCGGUUUAAGUCCUGAAAGGUUUAAUGCGCCCAGUUCCGCCUGGUCUGAGCCGGACACGGACCGCUAACAGCAUGUUUAACUGUAAAUAUGAAAAUCAAAUAAAGGCGAAUGAUAUGAACUGUGAUUUAAAUGUGAUGACACUUCAGCUGAAUCUGGUGGAGGCUGUACUUUAAAACUGUGAAAUAAGGACUGCUGGUACAUUUAAAGUCAGGGGGUGUAUGACGUGUCGGGAGUAUGACAUUUAAUGUUCCUUUAAAAUUCGCACCUUCUUAAUCCAGAUUGUUUAGGGUGACAAUGACUUGAAAUUACUCACAAUACAUAAAUCGAGAAGAAUGUGGAAGUGAAAUGUGUAAAUAAAGGUUUAAAAAUCA